CGUCGCUUUAUAAAGGAGCCUCCACUCGACGCUACUAGCAAAAUUGUAGCAAACAUGAAGAUGCACGCUUCAAUUAGUUUCCUGCUCUUCAGCAGUUUCAUAGGUAUUUUAGUGUCAGGUGCUAGUAUCAACCAAGAGCCGUACGUACUAGACGACAACGGUACACCAGUUAAAAUAAAUUUGGCCCAAACUCAAAUCAGCAAUCCAAUAUCGUUAAGCCCUGGCGAGCUACCGAAUCGAGUUAUCUUUUAUCUAUACACAAAAGCUACACCAUCUAACCCUGAAAGACUAAAUCUUGGCGAUGUAGGCAGUGUGAGCCGUAGCCAUUUUGAUCCAAGAAAACCAACAAAAAUUGUUACCCAUGGAUGGCAAAACACUUAUCGGAGCAAAGCUUGCACCUUGAUUCGUGAUGCAUUUCUUCGAAAUGGCGAUUACAAUGUCAUCGUAGUCGACUGGGGUAGCAUAACGAUAUUCGAAUACGUAUGGACAAGUCAACAGGUUGUAAAGGUUGCCCAAUUUGUUGCUAGCAUGAUUGAUUUUCUAGCAUCGCGAGGAAUGGAUUUGUCUAAGACGACCGUAAUUGGUCAUUCACUUGGUGCUCAUGUGGCUGGACUUUCAUCUUAUUAUGCAAAGAGGAAAGUGAAUUGCGUUGUUGCGUUGGACCCAGCUGGACCCAACUUCCAUGGAGUUGGAAAAGGCCAGACAGUCUCCCAGGGCGAUGCAGCUUAUGUGCAAGUGAUCCAUACAAGUUAUCUCGUAGGCACCAACAACCAUCUUGGUGAUGCUGACUUUUACGUCAAUGGAGGCUCAGCACAAAUUGGUUGCGGAGUAGAUAUAGGCGAAGCCUGCUCUCAUUUACGUGCCUACGAAUAUUAUGCCGAGUCCAUAAACAGCAACAAUUUCGUGGCACGUUCAUGCAGCAGCUUCGACGAUUAUAAAAGUGGCAAAUGCAAUUCGAGACCAACCGCUAUUAUGGGUGGUGUUAAUCCUAACUUCAAAGUUAAGGGACAGUAUUUCUUGACCACUAACUCCAGACCACCGUAUGGCAAAAAGUGAUUGAAUUGAUUGGUUAUUGGAUGUGGAAAUAAAUUUUUGCCAAUAAUGUUUAAUAUUAAAAAUAUAUUAAAUGAAGUAUAAGCAAUAGUAGCUUAAAGUAUUAGCAAUAAAGCAUGUUUAAAAAAGUUUUGCAGUAUUAUCAUUAUUAGAAAUAUUUAAUAAUAUAGAAACUGGAAUAUUAGGUUUUUUCAAAUAUUCCUUUGUAUAAAUUAAUAAGGCUCGACUAUUUUUCUAUUAAAAACGACUUGCUGUUGCGUUAAAAUUUUGAAAAAGAUGGUGAAAGCUAAUGUGAGCUUUUUUAUUUAAAAAAUGUUACAGCAUCUUCUUUCCAAAAUUCGUGUAGAUAAUGUGUCAAAAAUAAAUUUUGUCUUAAUUAACACUUCAA